CUUUAUCUCUUCACACUCUUCUAGCCAGUUCUCUCUCUCGUUCUCUCUCUGAUUUGUGACGGAGAGGACAUGUCUACAGAAGAUCAAGAUGAUAACAUGGAGAUGGGUCUAACCGGUGGUGAAGAUGGUAAUCCAAGAGGCCCUGGUAUCGACACAAGUGUUGGCGCUCCUAGUGGCGUGGAUAUGAUAGAGAUAUGUCCACAUCUCCCGCCUAGGAGUACGUCAGUCAUAGUCUCCAUUACAGGUGACAGAUCAAGUCCUGAAGAAGCUCAUCAAACUGAUAAUGAUGGUUUGUCCUCCCGCUCAGCUACUGUUUCGCCAUCUUUUGGCGGCCCUGCCGAAUCUCCUUUAUUAAAUCAGAGACUAGUAGCAAAACAUCUUCAAGUUAGACAAACACUGUCUGAGCCUUCAAAAGCUAAGCUUCAUCGUCCAAAGCAGCACAGGAUGAGUCCAAUACCUAAGAGACAUGAAGUAUCAAAGACACUAUCAAUGAGUGUACUAGAUGGUAAUGCUACUGUCCCAGGAUGGCUCUCUGUUGAUAAUCCUAAUAGUCCUACGGCCAUGGAUUCUGCUAAUUCCUCCAAUGAGUCCCUCAAUAUUGAUGGUAAGACCUCCUCGCAACACGACAUGCCUUCUCUCUCUAACCUCAAAUUACCCCAUUCUUCUCUCACUGGUUCUCCUCUCCAGAUGUCGCCAGCAUGGAUCCUUCCUUCCAUCUCUACGGCUGCAGCAGCAGCAGGAGGGGUUGGGCAGCUCCAGGCAGUUACCAUGCCCACACAGGAGCAGAUUGAAGCUCUUCAACAGAAACAGCUUGAAAUGCUUUCUUUGAUUGAGCAACAGAAACAAUUUGCAGCUGCUGCAGCGGCAGCGACGACUAGUGGGGGUAAACCUCCGGAAUUGUUUCAGUUUCCUAUUGCUAUAUGGCCGACUGCUGUAGGCUCCAAUCAGUUACUGACCUCGUCUCCUCUGACCUCCUCUGUCACUGUCUCUACUGGUACCACCUCUGCCAUUAGCUCCGUCGCAUCACCAACUCCAUCACUCUCAAGUCUUGAUAGUGGGUUUCAGAGCUUGGCCCCGCCCACAGAGAAUAUUGCGCAACAUCGUCCGCUGGGUACUAGUCAGUCGGCCCCGCAUGGUUUAAAAGAGCCGAUGACUAACGAGCAGUACGAGACCUUGUUAAGACAGUUCCAGCUCCAGCACCAGUCGCUAGUGGUUCAGCAGCAACAAAUGUAUCAGCAUUAUCUAGAGCAGCAGCAGCGAGUGGUACAGCAAGCAGUACUGGAGAAGAAGAGAUUUGAAGAGCAGCAGAGACAACUGGCUGGCAUGCACCUUGAGCAGCAGCAGCAGCUCCAAAGACAACAGCAACUCUUGAGACAAAUGCAAGAGCAGCAGCUGCUACAGUUACAGAGACAGCAACAGUUGCUCUUGUUACAGACGCUCGGCGUUCAGCAGCAGCAUCAAGCCUCGCUGCAGUUGAAACCUAAACCAGCUGUCCACCGUGUUGUGAAUAAGGCAGAGACACUCUCACUCCCUUAUUCUAGUGUCCAUGGCUCCAGCUCUAGCGAAGGGGAGGGGCUGGUAGUAGGCCACACCUCAAUACACAGGAGUCUAUCAGCUAAUAGUAGUGUUGAUAGUCUUGGGUCUAAUAAUGGACAGAACUCACCUGUGGCCUUGGCAGCCACUACACAGGAUGUGAAGUCUCCUGGCGUGACUGGGUCUGGUACUGGCCUGGUCUAUGAUACAAUGAUGCUGAAACACAACUGCUGCUGUGGGUCAUCUCACCCAGAGCAUCCCGGAAGAUUACAGAGUAUAUGGGCCCGCCUUCAUGAGACUGGAAUAGUCCAAAGAUCAACACGUCUAAGAGCCAGGAAGGCUUCAUUAGCUGAGCUACAAUGCGUACACAGUGAGAAUCACGUCAGACUCUACGGGCGUCCUAACAAACUCAAAACAAGCCAAGAUAAGAAAGACAUGGCUGGCAUGAGGGCAUUUGUACAGAUGUCUUGUGGUGGGGCUGGAGUGGACACAGAUACUUACUGGAAUGACCAACAUACUUCGAAUGCAGCUAGAAUGGCGGUUGGCUCUGUCAUUGAGUUAGCUGAUAAGAUUGUCAAUGGAGACAUACAAAAUGGGUUUGCUCUCAUUAGGCCACCUGGACAUCACUCGCUGCAGAAUCAAGCUAUGGCCUUUUGCUAUUUCAAUAACAUUGCACUAGCAGCAAAAGCAAUGAUUGCUAAGAAUAAGAAGGUUGCCAUCGUUGACUGGGACAUUCAUCAUGGCAAUGGCACACAGCAGAUAUUCUAUGACAACCCUGCUGUACUCUUUAUCUCGCUCCAUCGUUAUGACAAUGGGACCUUUUUUCCAGGGACGGGGAGGCCAGAAGAGGUUGGUUCUGGGGGUGGUACUGGUUAUAAUGUUAACAUUGCAUUCAGUGGAAAGCAAAGCUUUCAAGGAGUGACUACUUCAAACUUUGGCGAUCCUGAGUAUUUAGCUGCCUUCAGGAGUGUAGUCAUUCCAAUAUUAAGAAGUCAUAAUCCUGACAUUAUUUUAGUAUCUGCUGGUUUCAAUGCUACCAAUGGUCACCCACCCACACUUGGAGGAUACUCGGUCACUCCAAAAUGCUAUGCACACUUGACCAGGAUGUUGAUGAACUGUGGGAAUGGACGAGUUGCCAUAGCUCUGGAGGGCGGGUUUGAGCUAAUGUCCUUGUGUGAAUCAGCUGAGGCCGUCAUGAGAGCUUUAUUGUUUGAAAAUUUGCCUCCAUUGGAUGCUGCAUCGCUGACCAGAGGUCCCCAACCAACUGCAGUAGCUUCCAUAGAAAAAACAAUUGCAUGUCAAAAGCCGUAUUGGUCCUGUCUCCAGCAAUCAGUUCCUAUUCUAAAUAUGUCUCAGGCUGAGGCUGAAAGAUGCGAUGAAACAGUUGCUGCACUUGCCUCUCUCUCCAUGAGUGGCAGUAAAGGAGGCAUGAAAUCUCCAAUUACCUCCUAAUUUUGAUGAAUUUUUAUUUCCUAUUAUUAUUUCAAUUAUUAUUGUGUCAUUUCAAUGGUAUUUUAAAUUUUUUUAAAAUGCACGGCUUGUAAUUUUGUUUACUUGCA